AUGGUUCCGAAAACCGUUCCUCUUUUAAUCUUCGUAACCGCCGCCGUCGCUCUUCCCGCCGCCGCCGCCGCUGCCUUGGGCGAGAAGCGCGUCGGCCGAUGGGAAGAGAUUCGAGAUCUGGAACUUCCGACUCUGAUGGAGAAGGCGAAUUUCGCCGUGAAUACGUACAACAAGAAGAAAAAAGCUCACCUGAAGUUCGAGCGAAUAUUACGAGCGAGAUUCAUGAUAAUGGCGGAAGAGCUGCUCCUGUUGGACAUCGCUGCUCGAGACGACGGCGAAGUGUCGAGAAAAUACAAGGCGUUGGUGCAUAAUAUGCCUUCUAGCUGUUGGCUUGAAUUCUUCAGAAAAAUAAAUGAAUGA